UGGUUUCUGCUAAAUUGGAACAGAAUUCUUGUCUUCCCGUUUAUGUUGAUGAUGAAUUAUCUGAUCGUCAUUAUAAUGGUUUUUCUAAUUCAAUAUUAUGGCCAUUGUUUCAUUAUCACCCUGGUGAAAUUAGCUUUAAUCAAGAAGAUUGGGAAGCUUAUGAAAAAGUCAAUAAUCUUUUCGCUGAUGCAAUUAAUGACAUCGUUCAAGAUGGUGAUCUUGUCUGGAUUCAGGAUUAUCAUCUAAUGUUAUUACCAAGUAUGUUAAGAGAAAGAACGGGGGAGAGUAAUCGAAAUAUUAAAAUUGGAUUCUUUUUACAUACCCCAUUCCCUAGUAAUGAGGUUUAUAGAAUUUUACCUGUUCGAAAAGAAGUUCUUAACGGGGUUCUUAAUUCUGAUCUUAUUGGAUUUCAUACGUAUGAUUAUGCUCGUCACUUUUUAUCAUCAUGUACUCGUAUUUUAGGAUUAUCAACUAUGCCCAAUAGUAUUGAUUAUGAAGAUAGGCAUGUACAUGUUGGAACAUUUCCCAUAGGAAUUGAUCCUGACAAAUUUGUCGAAGGUUUAAACCAACCAAAAAUUCAAAAUCGAAUUAAAGUUUUAGAGGAAAAAUUCAAAGGUGUCAAACUUAUUGUUUGCGUAGAUCGUUUGGAUUAUAUCAAAGGUGUCCCACAAAAAUUUCACGCUUUAGAAGUAUUUCUAAGUGAACAUCCAGAAUGGGUAGGAAAAAUUGUACUUGUUCAAGUAGCUGUUCCUUCUCGACAGGAUGUUGAGGAAUAUCAAAAUUUACGCGCUGAAGUUAAUGAAUUAGUUGGAAGAAUAAAUGGAAAAUUUGGUACUGUAGAAUUUAUGCCAAUUCACUUUAUGCAUAAAUCGGUUACUUUCGAGGAGUUAGUUUCAUUAUAUGCAGUUUCAGAUGUUUGUCUUAUAUCUUCUACAAGAGAUGGCAUGAAUUUAGUUUCUUAUGAAUAUGUAUGUUGUCAACAACAAAGACAUGGUGUAUUGAUACUUAGUGAGUUUGCGGGUGCUGCUCAAUCUUUAAAUGGUUCUAUUAUCGUAAACCCUUGGAAUACUGAAGAACUUGCUAAUGCUAUUCUUGAAGCUGUAACCAUGCCAGAACAUUUACGUAAAUCAAAUUAUCAGAAAUUAUAUCGAUAUGUUACAAAAUAUACAGCUGCGUAUUGGGGAACUAGCUUUGUUAAUGAAUUAAAGCGUGUCUCUGAGGAAUAUAAUGUUCAUACCCAAAAGCCACGAUUAAGUUUUGAUCAAGUAUUAGAAUCGGCAAAGAAGGCACAAAAACGGGUCAUUUUGUUAGAUUAUGAGGGUACUCUAACUGCCAUGCACAGAUUACCAGAGUUAGCUAAUCCAUCUACAAAUGUUCUCUCGGUUCUCAAAAAUCUUCAAAGUAAACCAAACGUAUUUAUUUACAUAUUAUCUGGUCGUGAACGUGUACAUCUUGACAAAUGGUUUGAAUCAGUUGAAGUUGGUCUUUCUGCUGAGCAUGGAUGUUUUUAUAAGCAUCCAUCAUGUUUAAAAGACAAAAUAAAUCCCGUCGUGAAUUGUUUACCUGAAGGAAGAACCAUUAAGGAAGAAACUAAUGGUUGGUAUAAACUUGUUGAACAAAUUGAUCCUGCAUGGAAAGAAAAAAUUCUUCCUUUACUUAAUCAUUAUAUGGAAAGAACACCUGGCUCUAGCAUUGAAGAGAAGGAAAUCAAUCUAACGUGGAAUUAUCGAAACGCCGAAUCAGAAUUUGGAAGUUGGCAAGCGACAGAACUUCAAGUUAAUUUGGAGAAACUUUUAAGUCAUAUGCCUUUAACAAUUGUGUUGGGUAGUAAUAAAACUUUAGAAGUUCGACCAUCAUCUGUAGAUAAAUCAACUGCUGUCCGGACCAUUAUUAGAGAUUUAAGACAAUUACAUGAUGUAGAUUUUGUUUUAUGUAUUGGAGAUGGCAAAACUGAUGAACCUGUAUUUGCUUUAUUGAAAGAGAUGAUGCCAGAUUGCUUCACAAGUACUGUUGGAAAGAAGCAAACUGAAGCAAAUCAUUAUCUUGAAAGUGUUGGACAUGUACAAAGUUUGAUGGAGAGAUUAGCGGACGAGUUAUAG